UCAGUCAGGGAUCCUGAAAUUGCACGUUCGUUAACAACUUGUAGCUAUAUUCAUAAAAUUGACUAGUACGUAGAGCAUACUCGUUUUAAAGUUUAUUCGGUACCUUGUGUGUACGAAAAUCAGUGGCGGUCGAUUAAUGUAUAUAGCUGUUUUUUAGCUAGACACGGGUUUGAUCAACUAUGAGUUCGUAAAACCUUAAGCUAUGCGUUUGCUAGUCAGAUAAUCGCUAAGCUAGAAGCGUUCUUUUGCUUCUAAAGUACAAAACUAACUUGUCCUGCCUGCUGUAGAAAAUGGACCGACCGGCUAGGCAUAGGAAGAGUGUAAAUUAUUCGGAUUUCCUGGCUGAUGACGAUGAAGAUUUUGCCGCAGUUAAAGCUCCGCCAAAUAAAAAAGCUCGGGCCUCUGUAAAAGAACCUGUGCACGAGAAAAACAGGAAAACCACAAUUAAUUCUGCAAAAGAAAUACGCCUAACAGAUAUAACUGGCAAAGGAAGCAAAGAGAGGGUGUCUUUGGAUGAAAAACUGUAUAAAAGAGACUUGGAAGCAGCACUUUCUCUCUCACUGCUCCAUUCUACAGAAACAGUGGAGGAGCCAAUUACCAUUGGCCAAGACAGGGAAAAGCCACUUGAGGAUUCACCUCCUGUGCUAACGCACUUCAGUGCAGACAGCAGUGGCUUAGAGCAGGAUAAAUCUUCAGGACAGCUCCUUCAAGAUUUACCUCCCAAGCUGUCAAAUUAUAGUGUGGAUGUCAGUGAAUUAGGUUUAGAUCAGCUCAUCAGUGAACUGUCCCCCUCACCUGCCAUCCCCAGACAGAAGAAGCCCUCAAAGACCCCACAGCGACAGAAGCCAGAGGAGAACAACUGUGCAGUGGACCAAGACUAUCAACCCCAAAACACACCUGAGAGUGAAACAGGUUUCAGUGAUCCGGAUGAGAGCGAGGAUGAGGACUACACCGCAAAGAGAACAGGAGAGAGAAAAAAACCAGCCCUCAAGGCUGUUAAGACGGAGAAGAGGCCCGUGAAAUCAGCUAAAGCCAAAUCACAAUCAACAGCACUCAGUAGGAGUCCAGCUGUUUCUCAGCCUGCCUCAAAGAGGACACCCACCACUCCUCCUGUGACUAAGCCUGCACUCUGCUUCAGUCCUGCAGAGGGCAGACUGCCAAAAUGGAAUCCUCCUGGUCUGGUGGGGAGGAGUCCUAGCACAUGUCUGAGUGGCCCAGUGAAGUCACCCGGAUCAGGUCUACGUCUAGGACUAUCCAGAUUGGCUCGAGUCAAACCACUGCACCCUAAUACUGCAGCACUUUGAGGGUUUUGUUUGUUUGUUUGUUUGUUUUGUUUUUUGUAAAACAUGUCCAAAGCAUAUACAGUGUUUGCUUCUAUCUGUCUGCCUUCGAAUCAGUCUUGACUAUGUUGCUAUAAUUUGAUCUGAACUGGGCUAAAAGAGUGUUGCAUUUCUGUGCUGCAAUUUAUUUUUAAUUGAAGAAGUUUAUUCAGUAAUUAUGGCUUUUGUUGUCAUUUUUACAGUUUUAUGUCGUGUUUUUUCACAUGAUUUUUAAGUAUGCUGUCAUGAUCAUUAAAGAAUUAAAUUAAGUCUUUUAGCAUUAAAUGAUUUGAUAUUUAAUUCAACACAGAUGUUUUCUAAUCAUUCUUGAAUGCCGUUUUUAAAUCUGCAUCUUCUUGAAUGCAUAUUGUAAUGUGUAAUAACAGUGUAAUAACAUUAUUCUUAUAAAAUAUCUCCAAAGUACUAGCUGAUGACACAGUUGACUCAUGUUUUGCAGGUAUGAAACCCUGAGCCAUCCCAUCCAAUAUUAUUUUUUGUUUUGACAAAAUGUAUUUCAUGUGUUCAACCAGUAAUUUGGUAAGGUAGGCAUAAAAAUAGAGAUGGAAAGUUAUUUAAUAAGUAUUUAAUUAGUAGUAUUGCUUUCCUUUGCUUUUAGAGCUGCGUCAGGCUGCAUUGGACUGGUCAUAGAAGUCAUGAGAAGUUUAAUUCUACAAGAAAGGUUCAUACAAUGACUAUUGAUACUCUGUGGAACCCUAUUUAGUCUCAUAUUCAAGGGGCUCUUCUUUUAUAGCUGACACAUUGACCUACAGGCUACAAAUGUUCACAUUAAAUAUGCCUUUUUUAGUGUGUUUCAGUUCAUUUGUUCUCUCCCUGUAGUACUUGGAGGAUUUGUUUUACACAUUUGAUUUACAGUAUGCUGCUGUCUCCAUCUGCUGGUAGUUUUAAAGAAAUGGGAAGGUCAAUGUUUUAAGUUCCAUUUCAUUCAAAAUGAAUAGCAUAUUUUGUUAAACAAAAGGUUCUGUCAAAUUUGUUAAUGUAUACUUUAUUCACUCAGGAUUGUGUUGCAAAUUACAAUGUGAACUGUAUUUUUAAAUUAGCAAAUAAUGGUGCUGUGCUUGGCCUAAUAACUAAAUGAUGCAGCUCAUCAGCUAAAGUUUAACGUCUCAGCAAAGGCAGGAGAGCAAUAUUCGCAGAGAAAGCAAACUAAAUAUCAACAGAAUUGUUGGUUUUAGAAGGAACUACACUACUCAUUCUGCUCUUACAGUAAAUGGUGAGAUUGCAGAGAUUGUAAGGAUAUGUCCUGGAAAGAUCAUUCAAAGGUUAUUAAAAAUGCCAGAUGUAAUUUUUGAGGAGACUUGGAAGGUUUGGUCUUAGUGUAAAGAACCUAAUCAGUUUCUAUUGCUGUACUAUAGAGAGUAAUUUUACUUACUGUUUUAUAUUAUGGUCUGGCUGUACUACAGGUUCAGAGCACAAGGCUCUAAGUAACAUUGACAGCUGAAAUACUAACUGCUUCACAACCUUCACUGCAUUUAGUCUGCCUUUAUACAACUCAUUAAGCAAAGCAGAACACAUUCUGAGGGAAACCUCUAAUCCUGCUUUUAGACAUUUAACCACCCAUCAUCAGGAAGGAGGUGCUGUUGUCUGGACGCUAGAAUCACUAGGUUCAAAGACCUUAGGUUAUUAGAAUGGUAUACAGUAAAAAGACAUGACUACUGGUUUCAUGUAUGUUAAUUAUGCAUUUUUCCUUUUUCUACACUUGAAUUGUUCUUUAUGUGUGGUGUGCUGUUUUGUUUUUUCCUUGAGCUCUAUUGUGCUAUAAAAAUGUUACAUAAAAAUGGUAUUAACACCAGGAAUGUAAUUCCUGUACUGAUGCUAAAAUUUUAGUCAUAUUAAGAAUAAAAACAUACUGAUACUUUAUGUGGUAUUGUUAUGCAACCUUUUCUGCUGUAAGAUGUGAGUAUCCCUACGACUUCACAUGGAGCCUUUACAAUUCAUCUCAUGACCUGGAGUGGUCUCAGUUGUGCCGUUUUUUCACAGUCUUUCAGGUCUCAUCUGGUGUGCUUCAAGAAUAGUAUAAGUCAAGAAAUGUAGGAGCUUCUGGAGCCUUUUGUAUUGUAAGUGAAACAAACCGCUCAGGCUUAUCCUCUGAGUCUAGUUCUUAGACUUUAUUGUUCUAACUGUGUACCUAAGCACUUGGCUUUUGGAAUUUGUUUUUGGUCAUUAAACAAAUAUUUGUUAUACUGUAUUUCACAUUCAUUUAUCAGAU